AUGUGCAAAAAUGCUAUUACUAUAAAGAUAUUGGCUUUCGUCUCAUUCUUCUCCUCCACAAGCAUAACUACCAUUUUGUUCAUCCGUGUUGCUACGAAAUGGCCAAGUGUGAUUCGUGAGAUUACAAAUAGCCGUCUGGAUGAAUAUGUGGACCCCCAGUUGAAAAUUAGGUCUAGUGUGGCUGCUAUAAUAUUACUCAUGUUAGCGUCAUUUGAAUACAUCCUAUCUCAGUUAUCAACAUAUGCACAUAUUUUGGACUGCACACCGCAAGGAAAGCUUCAGGACGUGUACAGGAGAUAUUGUCUUGUUAAUUACAACUGGCUUUUUGGUGCUGGCGUGCCUUAUUCGUUACCUCUAGGCAUUCUUGUACAGAUUUUGACUUCAAUAACAACGAUAAACUGGAACUACUCAGAUAUAUUUAUUGUAUGCAUCAGUUUGUAUUUGAUAUCGAUUUUCGAUAAAAUCAAUGAGAAAAUAGAAUCAGCUCAGAAAAAGUCAUAUCAGCCGUGGUUCUGGGGGUCAGUGAGGGAGGACUACACCCGCGCCACGCGAUUGGUCCGUCUGUUUGAUGACAUCAUCAGCGGCAUAACCUUCGUGUCGUUUUCCAACCAUCUCUUUUUUAUCUGUCUUCAGCUUUACAAUGUUUUACAAAACGGUGUGACUGCAAAGGAACGUUUACCAAUUGAAGACUGCCCUAAUUAUCCAAGCGGUCCGUUCCAUGGGUACGAGUACUCAGUAUAUUUUUCAUUCUCAAUUUCACUCAUCAUCUGCCGGUUCUUGACCGUCUCGCUUCUUGCUUCGAGGGUCCAUUCUGCGGCGUCGCAACCAAUAAAUGUAUUGUUUGAUAUCCCGUCACAGUUUUAUUGCACUGAGAUACAAAGAUUUGUAGAGGAAAUACAUUCGGAUGUCGUAGCUUUGAGUGGCCUUCAAUUUUUCCAUAUCAAAAGGAGUCUAAUUUUAUCGGUAGCAGGCACCAUCGUUACAUACGAAUUGGUUUUGCUACAAUUUGACGGAUAAAUAUGAUGUCAUCAUUAGUUUAGGG